AUGAGCAACUGUCAGAGAGAACUAAAGGCACUGCUGUCAAAGACGGGCGCCGCCGUAAAGAACGAGCAGUGUCACAACGAUCUACUUCAUUUCGUACAAAACAAGAUAAUGAACGUGGACGCAGAACCCAUCGUGCAAGCCAUUGCCGAGCUGGAAGACUGUGCCAUUGACCCGACCUCCACGUACGAAUUCUGUACACAGGGAUUAUGGACGAGUGUGCAAGAGGCGUACCCAGAAAUCGAGAAGAACUUAGUCAAGGGACUGGGACAAAAACAACAGGGCACACUCACCAAAUUCGGAGAUACCUCACGAGAGUUGUAUAGAUGCAUGGCGACGGCAGAUCCUCUCAAAACCGCAUUAAACGACGAUGCUGUUUGGAAAUCCCUGCAAGUACAGGUACGCUCGGGCAUACAUCGUGGCCCACAGUUUGGUCUGGCUUUGUUGCGGAGCAUGAUCGACGAGUUCCAAACAAAUGUGAACUCCGUUGCAGAUCUUCUGACCCCCGACAUGCAGUCAGUCAUGAAGGUCUUUUAUCAG